AUGGUUCGAAAGAGAAUUGAGGGAAACCUGUCGUUGCUCCCCUUCCCAAAAGAUUUAAUCAUUCAGCCUCUAACUAAUAAAGAAGACACGGCCAUCUUGAUUUCAGGUCUUCAAGCAACCGGAACGGAGCAACGAAUAAAUCUGAAGUUUCUGGUCCGGUUGGGGAAAACGGCAUCGGAAGCGCUGGCGUUGCUACAGCAAGCAUACGGACACGAGACCAUGUCACGCUUGUGUGUUUUUGAGUAGUGAAAAAGGUUCAGAGAGGGACGAGAGGACGUGGAAGACAACCCCAGGAGCGGACGCCCCACCACGAGCAGGACCAAUGCCAGCGUUGAGCGUGUCAGGCGGAUGUUGCGCAUCGAUCGUCGCUUGAGCGUUCGACUCAUCGCCAACGAGCUAGGCAUGACAACCGUGACAACGUCUGGAAGAUCGUCGCCGAAGAAAGUCUGCGCAAAGAUGGUGCCCAAAGUACAGAACGCCGACCACAAUGUGUCAGGACAUCCUGCAGCGUCUUGAAACCGAAGCGGCCUUGCUAGGACGAGUCAUGGAUCUUCAAGUACGACCCGGAAACCAAACACCAGAGUCUUCGGUGGAAGAGUCCGAGAGUCCGACGUCGCCAAGGCCGAAGAAAGCAAGAGUGUCCAAAAUCAAACUCCUGUUGGUUGCGUUCUUCGACGUGAGGGGAGUCGUUCACUGCGAAUUCCUGUCACAUGACGACACACACAGGAGAAAAAACACGUUUAGGUGCUCAGUUUGUGGCGUGGCGUUCUCCCAAAUGUCGUCUGUGAAUAGGCACAUGAGAACACA